UUUACAUUUGUUCCACUCGAAUAAUACUGAAAAAUGAGUAUUUUUAUCGAUAGCACGAGUACUCAACUUAAGUACAUUGAAUUAACUAAUUUACGAGGAAUUAAUAUGAUAGAUGAUAUGAAGUAUUGUACUAUACAAAAUAGUGGAUAUGCACAUUACAUCUAUAGUAGUCCGCUCAAUGCUCAUACUCAAGAAUUAUUAAAACAUGGUCACGUUGAUCGAAAAGUUUGUGUGUAUAUUAAUAGAUCUAACAAUGAUGUUUUAUUUAUUCGAUUUGAUAGUUUAGCGGAGUCAUUUUAUGAAAGUCGCUGCAUCGUUUAUGAAUUGUGGCACAUUAAAGAAUGUACUCGUACACCAGAUGACAAAUUUUGCGUUCAAUAUUAUAUUGAUAGUAUUGAUCAUAGUGAAUGGACGAUGAUGGACGAGUCAAAAUUAUCGAUCGACGAUUUUGAAUACGCUGGUCACGGUCACUGGAGGUACUUCGACAAAGGUAUUUUAUAUUACGGUGUUCGAUAUACAAUGAAAGUAAGCAUUCAAAAUGCUAUGCAAUAUGCCGAAACGAUCACAAAUUAUAGUAAACAUGACGAAUCAAUAUUUUUAGAAUCUUUUAUAAUGUAUGCAGUAACUUAUUCCCAACCUGUUCUAUGGUCACAAUGUCAACUUCAUGAUUUUAUAAAGAGGUUCAACAUCAAAAGAAUAAAUAACAUUUCUUUUGUAACUACUUCAGAUUCAAAAACAAAAAGCUCUACCAAUAAUCCUGAUGAUCGCAAGUUGACACAGUCUGACAAUAAGUGACAGUAAUUCUAUUAUUUUAUCAUUCCAAGAUGUCAUUAAUUAUUGAUACUAAUCAAUGACAGUAGUUGCAACAGCAACUUCUUUUCUUCAUUUUU